UAAAAACAAAUUAAAACAUUCUAAUUUGAUCAAAUGCCUUGCUCAAUUCAAAAUCAAUUUGAAACUACAUACUUCGAUACUCUGAUGAGGUUCAUGUGAACGUGAUUUAAUCAUCCACAUGCUAACGUCAAAACAUAUAGCAAUUCAUAAAAUAUAAACAAUAUGAGUUUUAUAAAAAUACAAACAAUCAAAAUUUACGUAGAAUUUUUUCUCUCUUUCUCCAGUGCAUAUAAUUCUCUUUUUUAAUCAAUAAUAUAUACGAAAACCAAGAAAAAUGCCUUCACGCCAGUUAAUUAUUUUCGACUUCGAUGAGACCAUCAUUAGCGUAAACUCCAUGCGUCAACUCUUCCAAUUCAUACCGAAUUACCGGCGACCUCAUAUGUACGACACGCAGAAAAAGGGUUGGAUUGAUUAUACCAACAAAGCAUUUAAGGAACUCCAUUCAAUGGGCUACCCUGCGAAUACAAUGUGCAAAUUUAUACGCGCCGUACCGCCCGUACCCGGAAUGGUAAAGCUGAUACAGUAUCUGUGGAAGUCAUGCGAACCCACUUAUGACUUGAUCUUGAUCAGUGAUGGCUAUCGUAUUAUAAUCGUCGAUUGGCUGGAACAACAUGGAAUUUUCCAAUGUUUCACUGGCAUUUAUUGCAAUCCUUCAGAGAUCAAUGAUUGCGGAGAGGUGACUGUAAGUGGUUAUCACUGCGCUGAAUGUCCAUACAGCCCACAGAACCUGUGCAAGCGGUGUGUAAUGAAGGAAUUCAUUUUAAUGCAGAAAGCUCUGAAUAUAAACUACGAUCGUGUAGCGUACAUCGGUAAUGGUAGCGGGGACUUCUGCCCUACAUUGGGUUUGGGAACCAGUGAUCUUGUGUGCGCUCGCAAAUACGAUAUCCUGACCGAGAAAAUUCAACAAAAUCGCAAAAAACUAAAGAUAAAACCGGAAAUUUAUCUAUGGGUUAGUGGAUAUGACUUAAUUGCCAAGUUGGCGCAAAAUAAAGACACUGGCAAUUUUAGAAAAUUAAGUAAACAAACCCCUUCUACUAAAGCUUAGCGGACUGUAAUCUCGUCUUGAGAAAAAAAUGUUUCGCAAUUUAACUAAAGUUUCUAUUUCUAUGCGGCUAAAUAAGUUUUAAUAAAAAUUAAUUACUUUUAUGAUUGGAGAAUA